CCGGGUUCAGGACCACAGCGAUAAUGUCCUCCCCGGUCCGCAUCCGGGAUGAGCACUGCGCUGUGGAGUCAACCUGCUCGCACGGACGCCUCGUGGACUCGACGACAACGACUUCAAUGGCGACCACGGCUGCGACUAUGACUUUGGCAUCGUCCGCAAGCGUUGUCCGGGUUCAGGACCACAGCGACAAUAUCCUCCCCGGUCCGCACGAUGUGUUG